GAAGACGAAGCCAAAUUGACAGAGCCUAAGCGGAGCUUCUCUAGAUACAUGCAUGCUAGUUUCUCGCUACCUUCACCAGUUACGGCUCUGCGCAAAAUCCCACGUCCCGUCAUCUCCUAAGACACUCCACUCUCAGAUCAUCAAGCUCGGCCUCCAUGGCUGCGAUCUCCUGGCCAAUACCUUGGUUGAUACCUACGGGAAAUGCGGCCUUAUUCAUGACGCCCACAACCUGUUCGAGGAAAUGCCCCAGAGAGACCACGUCUCCUGGGCAUCCAUCCUCACCGCAUACAAUCAGGCCGAUCUCCCCGCUGAAGCUCUCUCCGUUUUCCCAUCCAUGCUUUCUCGCGACGGGUUGCUGCCUGACCAUUUCGUGUACGCUACUCUUGUUAAAUCAUGUGCCGGCUUGUGUGCGAUAAGGCAGGGGAAGCAGGUCCACGCUCAGUUCGUUGUAUCGUCGUAUAACCGUGACGACGUUGUUAAGUCUUCGUUGGUUGAUAUGUAUGCAAAAUGUGGGUUACCCUUUGCGGCUCGUGCUGUGUUUGAUUCGAUUAUGGUGAAGUCCUCAAUCUCGUGGACUUCGGUUAUAUCAGGUUAUGCUAGGAGUGGGUUAAAGUCGGAGGCUAUGGAGCUGUUGUUGAAGACGCCUUUUAGGAAUCUGUAUUCUUGGACUGCAUUGAUAUCUGGAUUAGUGCAAAGUGGGUUUGCAACCGAUGCUUCUCACUUGUUUAUUGAAAUGAGGAGGGAUGGAAUUGAGAUAGUGGACCCAUUAGUUGUUUCCACUAUCGUUGCUGCUUGUGCUAGUGUAGCUUGUCUAGAGUUUGGGAAGCAAGUCCAUGGUUUGGCUGUGGCACUAGGGUAUGAAUCUAGCUUGUUUAUAGGUAAUGCAUUGGUUGAUAUGUAUGCUAAAUGUAGCGACCUUUUGUCUGCCAGGACAAUUUUCUAUGCUCUGGUUUGGAGGGAUGUUGUUUCUUGGACUUCUUUAAUAGUUGGGGAGGCGCAGCAUGGAAAAGCAAUGAAAGCAUUGGAAUUGUAUGAUCAGAUGGUUCUUUCAGGAGUUAAGCCAAACGAGGUGACCUUUGUUGGAUUGAUUUAUUCUUGCAGUCAUGCUGGGUUGGUUGCGAAAGGGAGACAACUUUUCGAAUCCAUGUCUGAGAAUUAUGGGAUUACUCCAUCUUUGCAGCAUUUUACAUGCUUGUUGGACCUCUUCAGUCGGUCUGGACACCUUGAAGAAGCAGAGAAUCUUAUCAGUACGAUGCCAUUUGAGCCUGAUGAGCCCACAUGGGCAGCUUUACUGAGUGCAUGCAAGAAACAUGGGAACAAACAAGUGGGAGUUAGAAUUGCCGAUCGUCUGCUCAGCUUAAACCCACAAGAUCCUUCGACAUAUAUCCUAUUGUCAAAUGUCUACGCAAGUGCUGGAAUGUGGGAAAGUGUGUCAACCGUGCGGAAAUUGAUGACGAGUUUGGAGGUGAAAAAGGAACCUGGUUAUAGUUGCAUUAGCAUGGGGAAAGAAAGGCAAGUGUUUUAUGCUGGGGAGACUUGUGAUCCUGAUAUCAAAGGUGAGAUACUUCAUUUGCUGAAGGAACUUGACAAAGAGAUGAGAAGGAGAGGCUAUGUUCCAGAUACUAGCUGCGUUCUAGUAGACAUGGAAGAGCAAGAGAAAGAAAAGCAGCUAUUUUGGCACAGUGAGAGGGUAGCCGUGGCUUAUGGAUUGCUCAAAGGUGUCCCAGGGACGGUGAUAAGGAUUGUGAAGAAUCUUCGUGUGUGUGGGGAUUGCCAUGAUGUUCUAAAACAUAUUAGCAGUAUUGUAAGGAGAGACAUUAUUGUGCGAGAUGCCACCCGGUAUCAUCAUUUUGCUAACGGAAGAUGUUCCUGCAAUGAUUUCUGGUGAUCAGCAUCCUUAUGGUCUCAUCUCUCUCACCUAUCGUCUCCAACAAUCUGAUGUUCUCUGCCUUGAGUGCUUCAAACUCCAACACUACCCUUGCAAUCUGAGCCUCGAUGGCUUCAUCGCUCAACUCGAAGGCGCUCUCCACCACCCUCACCACUCUCCACAAGCUCACCACCACCAUCAACCCUCCUUCCUUCAUAUCCAGCAGCCCUUCCAGAACCAAAGCUCCCACCACCACCACACCAUCAACAACAUACCCUGGCCUGCUAAAGAAAGCUUUGGGUCCAAGUGCCACAGCUAGAGCAAUUAGCUUCGCACAGAGCAGGCUCAGGAUCCCAAUCUCAACCCAGUGGAACCAGUCCGCGGCCAAUGAUCUCCCGUCACCUCGAUUAUGACAUUUGAGCAUCGAGGAGGACAGGUCGAGAAUAGUCAAGGUGAUGUCAAGGAUCAGCAGAAUGAUUACAGUGACUCGAAGGGGCAUCGAUUCCAGGAAGCUUGCUAGUUUCCUUCUCCAUGGUGGAGUCGUAUUCGACAAGCGCCGCUGCUCUUGAUCAGCUCCGAAAAACGGGUUCCAAUAUCUCUGCCGUGUGGUCCAGUGCUUGACGAUGUUCUGUAUAGAGAGUUGUAUGGAAUCAAGGGAGAUGCUGGAGCUGGUGUAGGCAGGAAGGCGAUGCUCGGUAAUUCGCAUGCUGAUGCUUGUGGAACUCUCAGGUACAGCAUGGUUCAUUGCAGUUUCUUCUUUAGGCUGUUGGGGGGAACUACCCAUGUUGAAGUAAUCGUCCAUGGAGCUCAAAUCCAGAACUUAUUUAAGGACUCUGAGGAGGGAAGCAAAGGCAAGUUGUGGGAAAUGAAUGAUGGCUAGGAGGAAAGUUCAUAGGAGUUGGUUUUGAAGGCACGUGAUAUUGCAAGCAACUGUCUUGGAUUUUGGAGGAGAUUGAUGAAAGCUUCACGUAUUUGAGUAACUUGUGCGUUUCUUCAAGCUUUCCCAAUCUAACCAACCAAAAUUUUGAAACAGGUAUUUCAUUCACUUUUAUAUGGUUAAUUUUGCUCGCGAUUUCUUGUUCCCUUACAUUUAGCAUCAGACAUUCGAAGUAUAAAUGAUUGUACUUCGAGAUAGUAUUUAUUUCAGAC